AUGGCCGCGGACGGGAGGACGCUUGAGCUGCACAAGUGCGCGGUCAUCCAGCUCGAGCCAACGCGGCCGGUGUAUGCCAUGGAGGUCGCCAUGGGUAGGCUGCUGCUCGGCGAGGCUGGCGGCGUGCGCGUGUUCCCACUGAGGAGUUUGAUGAAGGGUGGGACGGAGAAGGAGGGUGCCGCGGCAUUAGCAAAGAAGGGCUUGCGCAAGAAGAACGGGAUUCUGAAUGGACUGAUUGUGCCGGUUGGGCGUGGUAGUGGCGCCCGAGGUGGUCAAGGAGAUGCUGCUUCCGACUGUAAGCUUACAACCUUGCGGGUAAAACAGAGUUCAGGGAGCUAUUCCUCUUUCUUUUUGGCAUUUAAUCAAGAGGAUCAUAACUCUCAAGGUGGUGUAAAAUUGAUAAAAUCAGUUAAAGCUGUCUCGAUCCAACCUUCUUCCAAGGACAAGUUUCUGGUACUUGAUUCAGCUGGAGUGAUACAUGCCUUCAGUCUUCGAAAUGCUGAAUUGGAACUGGAAGCUGCGAAAACAUGUUUUUUGGAUUGUGCCAUGAAAGUCCAAUUGUUUGCUGUUUUCCCAAGUAGCUCUACGAAGACGCAGAUUCUUUGGGUUUCAGAUGGUGGACAUUCCAUACAAAUAUUGUCAGCAUUGCCGGCAUUUGAUGUUAAGUCUCCUAAAAGUGAAGGUGAUGAUAGUGAUGGGGAAAGAGCGUUAGCAACCAUUAAGCUCUCAGCUACUGAAGCCAUCUUCACUAGUGAAAAGGUUCAAGACAUUGUACCUAUCUCAAAGGAUUCCGUGCUUAUCCUUGGCCAAGGCAACAUGUUUUUAUAUGGAACUGCUUGA